AUGAAACUUUUAGUGAUCGAUCAACUGCCAGUCAGUACAGAGGAUAAAUUGAAGAUUCAUCUUAUUGAACCAUUAAUUAAAAAUCCAGAAAAAUAUGAUCCAACAAAACCGAUAAGAAUAAGUAAAACAAAAUCAAUUGAAUGGGAUAUUGAACUUGCUCCAUAUGAAUCACGUGAACUAGUUUUAAAAUACCUUGUCGAACAUCCAUCUAUUAAAGAUAUUGACAUUUCAACACUGGGAAUAUGA